AAUCAUGAAUGCGCAUGCGUAGUACUGUAAAAAUGGCCGACGAGGAUGUGCCCGUAGAGAUGGAACUUGAAGAAAAAGCCCCUGCUGAUAAGACUGAUCAAAAACCCGUUGAAAAGGAUAAAGACACGUUAACUUGUGAAGAUGUACGUGAGCAAAUGAAACUGAUUGAACGUGGCGUUAUUCAGAAAGAGUCUCGUUACAUUGUUCGUGCGUUACGGUCUAUUCAAAAGCUAAGAAAACAGUUGAAUGACAAUGUAUUAUGGAAUCUGUUAUCAUCUCUCCCUUCUGUGAAUAAGCAAGUGCUGGCUUACAUUAAUGAGCCAAUGGAGACAUCAACAAGUAUUCCACAAUAUCGAGCUGGCACUCGCAAGAAUAUUGUCUUACCCGAAGUUGAAGCCUUUCUACAUCUCUUAGUUGUCAUUAAAUUAAUUGAUAAUAGUGAAAUUGAAAAGGCUAGAACUUGUAAUACUAAGUUACUGGAAAAGCUAGUUAGUUUAAAUCGACGCUCACUGGAUGCUAUAGCAGCUAAAGUAUACUUUUAUCAAUCCAGGAUAUUUGAAUUACAAGGACAAUUGGGUUCUUUGAGAAAUUUCUUACAUGCUCGUUUGAGGACAGCAUCUUUGCAUUACGAUGAAGAGAGUCAAGCUGUACUGCUUAAUCUUCUCUUGAGAAACUACAUCCAUUACAAUCUUUAUGACCAGGCUGAUAAACUUGUCUCGAAAUCCAAGUUUCCUUCUGGAGCCAACAAUUGUGAAAUGGCACGUUAUUUAUUUUAUCUCGGUCGUAUUAGAGCAAUUCAGUUAGAUUACUCAGAAAGUCACAAGCAUCUAAUUCAAGCCAUUCGCAAGGCCCCUCAACAGUCAGCUAUUGGGUUCAGACAGACUGCCCACAAAUUUGCUGUUGUAGUGGAAUUACUGUUAGGUGACAUACCAGAUAAAGCAAUAUUCCAUGAACGUGUACUGGAGAGACCACUGCAGCCAUACUUUCAAUUGACAAAAGCUGUUAGGAAUGGUGAUUUAGUUCAGUUUGGUCAUGUCUUGGAGAAUUAUCAGGGUCACUUUCAAGCAGACCAUACUUACACUUUGAUUGUGAGACUCCGACAUAAUGUUAUCAAAACUGGCAUUCGUCGAAUCUCAUUAUCAUACUCUCGCAUCUCAUUAAGAGAUAUAGCUGAUAAACUGGGAUUAGAUGAUGCUCUAGAUGCAGAAUAUAUAGUUGCUAAGGCUAUCAAGGAUGGUGUUAUUGAAGCAACUAUUAAUCAUCAUGAAGGUUACAUGCAGUCUAAGGAACAUGUUGACAUUUAUACUACAAAGGAGCCUCAAGAAGCGUUUCACCAACGAAUUCAGUUUUGCCUUGAUUUAUACACACAAUCAGUAAAGGCUAUGAGAUAUCCACCCAAAUCAUAUAAAGAGUCAGAAAACGUAGAAGAGUUAAGAGAAACUGAAAAGCAGCUCAUUGAGGUUGUUAAGAUGGUGGAUGAAGAUGACGAGGAGGAAGAGGAAUUUUAGAACCUUAUUAUUAGCAUUAUAUAGUCACCCACAAUAAUUAUUAUUAAUCAUGAUAUUGCGGGAAUAUAGUACUGUAAUGACACAUCUUGAUGUAACAGGAAAAAUUGUAAACCACAUCCAUCCACAAUAUCUAAAGAAUUAUUAUGGUACAAAA